GAAAGUUCAAAGAUGUCCAUGGUUUGCAGUCUGAACAGCGAUGGCAGCCAGGCCAAUACGACGUCCAAUUCAGCUGCUACUGCAACUGCAACACAACAGCAACAAAACAUUGUUGAUACACCCAAUGCCAGCACCCCGUUGCUACUCGGCCAUGAGUCCAUGAGCUUGCCACCCGAUGUGAGUGCCACAAGCAUAACGGUACUGCCACCGCCAACUCUGCUGCCUGGCACCGCAAACUAUUCAAUCAUUGCUGCUGCCACAGAGACCAUGUUGAGCAGGAAUAACGGCACUUUGGCGUUGCCAGGUGGUUUGAAUUUCGUCAUGGGCGCCACGGUGACCACGAAUGUGGUUGGUGCCGGCGGUGCUGCAACGGCAAAUGCCAAUGAUAACAACAACAAUAUGGAUAAUGCGAGCGACGAUUCCAAUCCGGUAACAAUUUACAGGUGCCGGGCUCCGAUAGCGUCACUCGACUGUAUGGAGGAGUUCAGUGGCCGUUCGAUAAGCCUCGGCUCCAAUCCGGCGCUUCCGUUGCGACACGGCUCGACACCGACACCGGGAUUGCGCUACAAGAAUCUCGGGAAGAGCGGUCUACGCAUAUCGAACGUGGGCUUGGGCACCUGGCCGGUCUUCUCGCCGGGCGUCAGUGAUGAGCAGGCCGAGGCCAUACUCAAAUUGGCCAUUGACAGCGGCAUCAAUCUCUUUGACAUCUCCGAGGCGCAUUCGGAGACGGAAAUUGGCAAAAUAUUACAGCGUACCGGCUGGAAGCGUACCACAUAUGUGAUCACAACAAAGGUCUACUGGAGCACCAAAUCUGAGGAGCGGGGACUUUCCCGUAAACACAUUAUCGAAUGCGUGCGUGCAAGUUUGCAACGUUUGCAGUUGAACUACAUCGAUAUUGUGAUCAUCCAUAAGGCGGAUCCCAUGUGUCCCAUGGAAGAAGUGGUGCGCGCCAUGAGCUAUGUCAUCCAGCAAGGCUGGGCCAUGUAUUGGGGUACAGCGAGAUGGUCUCAGGUGGAGAUCAUGGAGGCGUAUACGAAUUGUAGACAAUUUAAUUGCAUUACACCGAUUGUUGAGCAGUCCGAGUACCAUAUGUUCUGUCGGGAGAAGUGUGAACUCUAUUUGCCAGAGAUGUACAACAAAAUUGGGGUUGGCCUAAUGGCCUGGGGACCACUGUCCAUGGCCUUGAGCGAUACACAGAAUGGGGACAAGCUCUUUCUGCCCAAGGGAUCGUUCAAAACGAAGAGCUUCUCCUGGACCGAAGAUGAGAUCAAUCGGAAUGCUGCUUUAUCGCCGCAGGGCAGUUGGGGCAAGGAUCGUAUUGAGGAGGGACGACGGCAUUGUGAUCGUUUGCGGGAUUUGGCCGCAUUGGCCGAGAAACUUGGCUGCAGUCCCACGCAGCUCUCUAUUGCCUGGUCGCUGAAGCAUGAGCCCGUUCAGUGCCUUCUGCUGGGCGCCACAUCGGCGGAGCAACUGCAUCAGAGUCUCCAAUCGCUGCAGCUUUUGCCGCGUUUAUCAUCGAGCGUGAUGCUGGAAUUGGAACGUAUUUUAGAGAAUAAACCAGUGCGUCCGCCAAUGAUAUCAACAUUGGCGCUUCGGUGACAAUCAGCCUGCCCGCAGGGACCGCUGAGCCUCAGCGGCGGCGGACCCUGCGGUGCCGAUUCGCCGAAGCAUGAGGAGGAGGCGUUCAUUGAGGAGGCGGAUGCCAAGGAGGCAGCCAAGCAGGGUUUCUGUGUUAUUCAGUGACGAAAGGAGUCCUUAGAUAAUGAUAAUAAAUUUUUGAAAGUGAUUAGCAG